AUGUGGAUGUACUCGGGUAUUGAAGACAGCACCCGGAUCCACCCGGAAGAAGUUGAUGAGGAGACGGUGGCGCAGUGGUUGCAGGGCAUCACCGGCAACAAAGACAACCCCAGGGGGUCUAGGAGGGUCCCUCCAUUCGACCACGUCAACGAACCAGCCAAGAUUUACACCGAGAUGUAUUCGAUGCCCAACGGGGAGCAGGAGCAGGAGCCAGACGGAGAGGCGAGCGGGGGUGACAGCGGCGACUGGCAUUCUGAUGGAGGGGAGGACGAUGAGAGUGACGACUCAAGCGGUGGUGAGGAAGUCGACUCCCCUCCUCGCACCAAAAGGCGAUCCAAGCAUACCCAUGAUCCAGCAAGUAUCCGUGGCAAAGCGACCGCACAGACUGGACAUACUUCAAAGCGCACUCAGACGUCUUCUCCUGUGCCCACUGAGAAGGCUUCGAAGCAGCCCAAAAUCGCGCCGUCAAAACCUCGGAAGGCCUUGCCUAAGAUCAAAGUGGCUGUCCCCAUUGCUUCUGGUGCUGCUACCUCUGGGACUUCUGUUUAUAAAGAUGAUGAUGAGGAGGAGAUGGAAGAUGCAGUCACCUCCAACACGGCUCCGCCCAAUGUUAUUGAACUUCCAGACGACCACGAGGAUGUACCACUGAGGCCCACGGGAAGGAGGAGCAGGACUUUGAGCAGGAAAACAUCAACUAGCAAGACGCCUCAGUCGACGCCAGUGACGGAACUAGUGGUUCAGCAGUCCGGAGACGCCAACCGGGCUUCUGUUACUUUUGUCGUUCCAUUGUCAAGUGCACAGCCUUCAGCAUCAACUGCACAGGCUCCAGCUGAUCCACCGUCUUCACUUUUCACCGCCCAUCAUGUCCCAGAGGACCAAAAAUCUUGUGAACUUGGAGUUCGGUUUGCUGACUUGGAGCAGAAGCAGAUCCAGCUCAAUCUUGAUCUGGAGUUGGCCAAGACGAAUCUGCAGAAGGCUAAGGAUGAUGCUGCUGAAACAAUGAGACAAGCUUUGGAGAAGGACUCUGAUCUUGCGGCUGCACGAAAAAUGGCAGAAGACAAAACGGCACUCGCCGACCAGAAGCUGGCCUCAGUCGGAAAGCUGGAGGAAGAGAAUACCAAAUUGAAGGCUGCCCUUGACGAAGCCAACAAAGAGGUGACUCGACUGAAGAAGGACAAGGGCGCCCUGACUGACAAGGUGGGAGACAUCUCCCGCAAGAGAGACGAGCUGGAUAAUUAUCUGGGAGUACUCGCCAAGAAGUUAUUCCUCAUGCUAGAAGCCCCGCGGCCCCGCCACGGAUCGCGCACGCCCCCGCCGGCGCCGUUCGCCUCCAUCGCGCCGCGGCCAGCUCCGCCCUACCCCCUGCUCCCCGUGGCCACGCACUGCGUGCCGAGGCCGCCGCCGCACUUGCCGUCCCGCUCCGCCGCGGCACUCGCCCUGCGCCACUCCUGGCCCCGCCCCUCACCUCGCUGCCCCCACUCGGGUCGGCUGCGGCCGCCCUGCCAUGGCCGCCGGCCAGCCAGCACGCGGCCGGGGCCAGCGCCCCGCCACGGCCAGAGCCCCGUUCGGGCGCCCCGCCCGCUUCGCCCUUUUCCGCUCGGGUUCGCCCGCCCCGCUGCACGCUCGACCCGUUAG